AUGCAAAACGAUUCCUUUCCUCCUGAAGCCCACCAUUACAUUCUUUACUAUGAUAACCUUCAAUUUGUGAAAGUUAUCGGCAAUGGUGCAUACGGCGAAGUUUGGGAGGGAAUCUAUCUUCCUACACAGAAAAAAGUUGCAAUUAAGAAACUUCAUACUGACAUACUUGACGGAAACAUGCAUGAACUAUAUAAUCGCGAAGUGUUAGCACUCUCUACAUUGAAAAACACGUUUUUACUCCCAUUUAUUGGAUUCACUACAGUUCCGCCAUAUUGUAUAGUUACAAAGUUCAUUCCAAACAACUCAUUGUUCAACAAUUUGCACGGGAAAGAAAAUGCACUACAGCUAACACCUACAGAAUUCAACAUAAUCGCUUUUGGAAUUGCGGUAGGAAUGUCAUAUCUUCACGCAAAUAAAACAAUCCAUAGAGACCUCAAAUCCCAAAACGUUUUGAUUGACGAUAGAAAGUAUCCAAUAAUUUGCGACUUUGGAUCGAGUAAGAAUACAGAUUUGUCAUUGACAAUGACAGGUCAGGGAGGAACCCCUAGUUAUAUGGCUCCAGAAUUCCUCCAAAACGAAAAAUAUGACGAAAAAGUCGAUGUUUAUUCAUAUUGA